CAACAGACAGUUUGACCUGCUUGAAUACGAGACUCUGCCGGUAAUACGCAGACACUCUCUGCCAAAGCACUGUCUACACUGCUUGAUCGUGUGGCUACAACUUUGUGCCGUUCCAGUUACAUAUAGGAUAAAUUGCCUAGGAUCUUGGACAUUUAAAGUUUGUAUUUGCGGUGACAUUUGGGCGUGGAGAAAGUCCCAUCUGGAUCGAUAGUUUCGCAUCAACUGAUAACCGUUGAAUUCAAAGUGCAAUGAUGAGGGGUAGACUAAUUCCUGCUGGGCAGAAAAUCACGUCAUGCGAAGCGUGGGUCUGGUCAUUCGAGUGGCACGAUCAUGAAACACGUUGUGCGUGUUGCUUCCGCGAAUCUGCAAAACUGCGGUCCUGCCAAGGAUGCCGGUUGUAUCGGUACUGUAAUGAGAAUUGCCAGCGCGCUGACUGGAAGAAAGAGCACAAAUCCGAAUGUUCCUUGUUGAAGCGUAUAAAAAACUACAGACAGGAAACAGAAUCACAACAUGAUGUAAAUCGGAUGAAUAUGUCCAAAGACACAGUCUCCGAAAGUGAGAAACAAAUGCCAGCACAGCAAAUUCUCAAGAUUUUUCCGAGCGUUAACUCAAUAACACGACAAAAACUGGAGUUGGUUAGAGAAAAAUUGUUUGAAGGUUUACUGGAAGCCGCGUUUCCCACGGCGGUCGGUGGCCACUCUCUGCUGUCAGAUUCCGAUAUUGCGGACAUCAUAACGAGAAUUGAAUUACAUAAUCAUCUUAUUUAUGAAUACGAUGGAGAUCGUCCUGUUUUCUUUGGAAUGGAAUGCCCUGGUUUCGUUCGAUGGACGGACGCUUUGCUGCACGCUCUGGAUGACAUUCCGGAUUACAGCGGGCUACAAGACGUGCUUUUGUACGAUCUGAAAGACUUCCCCUUCCGAUGGCCAGUGAAAGAACGGAAUAAAAUUUACGCAGAUAGACUGUACGGCGACGUAGAGUGCACGUGUCGUAAAUGUUCGGAUGCAUACGAAGCCAUCAUAAAUCCGCUGAAAUGCGCCACAAAAGGCUGUACAGAACGCAUACCAAGCGAUCACCGCGCGCUGCUGCCCUGUGCACAGUGUUGUGCUGUCAACGAAGUUAAUCUCCGUAAACUCCAAAAGUUUUUACAAAAUCACGAAAAUGACUUCGCCAAUCACCUUGACAUGUGGAACGCACGGGACAGCCAGGCGAUUAUGGUGAAGAAAUUUCCACUGUGGAAGGAACUGGAGAAGGCUGAUAUUCUGCAGCCGGAAGCGCAGCUGCGCUUCGUUCUGGGUUGGGAUGUGGCUCGAACGUGCAGCGAAUCGGGGCGGUACCAGGAAGCAUGGGAACUGUAUCGUGAUAUGAUCGUCUGUGUCCGGAACGUGUCUCCUAAAUACAGCUUCUAUCGGGCGCAGUUUCUUCGCGAAGCGUCAGCGUGUGUAUUAAAUUGGGGAACGGAAUUUAUUGGAGAAAAUAAGGAACAAAAAAAGCGGCUAUUACCGCUGCUCUUGGAUGCUGUUCCUUUAGCGAUCGAAUUAAUGAAAGACGCUCUGGAUACCUAUUCAACAUUAUGCAAGAAGAGUGUUGUGACGGGGAGGAUUGCAUCGUGGUUACUGCUGCAAGAAAAACUUCAGGCCCUUGUUUUAGAAUUUUCAGAAAAAUCUCCCAUGCAAACAGCAAAAUAAGGACCGUGUUGUCAGAGCGGGACUCUCCGCCCUCCAAACUUGCUAUUGCUAUUUCUGGGAAUCUCCACCCCGUACAUUUCCUCGCUGUUUUGACGGAUCUGCACCACAGUUUCACUGGCUGCAGAUUCCGCUUUCCUCAGUUGGUGGUUUUUUGUGUGGCGGCAACAUCGCCAAUGAAGUCGACGUUUCCGGGUUGUUCUGUCGAGGAUAGGCGCGGCGUUCCAUACGACCCCGCGUUAUAGUGUUUUGUGGUCGAAUUCCUUGGCCUCCCAAAUUCUAAUUUGCAAUAUUUUAACAAAAAAACUAUACCAUCCUGGUUUUUUUAACUUUAUUUAUUGAACUUUAUUCCGAUGCGAUA